UGCGCGCUCACACAAACAGUCACUCCCCACCGGCUGCCUGCAAGUGUCUGUUUUCUAUUUGACGGUAUCUGUGGGGAGUUUCUCCGGGUUAUUUAACAUCACAACAACAAUAACAACGACAACAAUUGUUUUCCCAUUGCUGGCUCAUUUCUUUGGAGUUGCUGUAGUCUAACUUGUUAUUGAAAAGAGGGACCGGUUUACUCCCAGUUCACUUUUUCUUUUGCGUGAUGGAUCGGAGCAGCAGGUUUAUGGAAAUCAAGAUGUCUAUUUGCAUGGGUUUAAAGCUGUCACAACCCACACCUCUCCACUGAGCGUCUCUGCCUCCAUUUACCAGCCAUGAAGUCAGCUUUGCACAGGAUAGCAGGCACCACAAUGAGCACGCUCACGACAGGUGUCCAGUAUCUCGGCUCUAAUGACGCUAGCUAUGACGACCCCUCCUCCAUGGACCCGACUCUGAUCAAGAACAGAUUCCGUUUUGAGAAACCUCCCUCGCUCACUAACUCCUUCCUCCAAGGGUUUGUCCCUGGAAGUAAAGAUGUCAUGAUUGGCGGCCUCUCUCCCGUUUUCCCCACCAACAUCACUGACUUCCUGCUGACUAAUGGCAGCUCUGUUGAGAGCGGGGGGGCUGCACAGUGCGGGGAGGACAUGGUGGACAACAUGGAGUGUUUUAUGAUUCUGACACCUGGUCAGCAGCUUGCGGUCGCCAUCUUGGCGCUCACAUUGGGUACAUUUACAGUCCUAGAGAACCUAAUGGUGCUGUGUGUCAUCCUACACUCACAGACGCUUCGUUCUCGACCUUCCUAUCACUUCAUUGGCAGCCUGGCGGUGGCUGACCUCAUAGGCAGCAUCAUUUUCGUCUACAGCUUUCUGGACUUUCAUGUCCUCCACAGGAAGGACACUCCCAACGUUUUCCUCUUCAAGCUGGCUGGGGUCAUCGCCUCCUUCACCGCCUCUGUAGGCAGUCUGUUUCUCACCGCCAUUGACCGCUACAUCUCCAUCCACAGGCCCAUGUCGUACAAACGCAUUGUCACAAAGACUAAAGCAGUCAUCGCCUUUAGUUUGAUGUGGACCAUCUCCAUCGUCAUCUCGUUGCUGCCACUGCUUGGUUGGAACUGCAAGCGUCUCAACUCUGUCUGCUCCGACAUCUUCCCUCUUAUCGACCAGAAGUACCUGAUGUUCUGGAUCGGUAUGACCAGUAUCUUAGUGCUCUUCAUUAUCUACGCCUACAUCUUCAUCCUCUGGAAGUCCCACAACCACGCGGUACGCAUGCUGAGCCGCACUUCCCAGAGGAGCGUAAUCGUCUACACCGCAGAGGGGACUAAAGUGCAGACAGUGAGGCCUGAGCAGGCCCGUAUGGACCUGCGUCUGGCUAAAACCUUGGUCCUGAUCCUGGUGGCCCUCAUCAUAUGCUGGGGCCCGCUUCUGACCAUCAUGUUUUACGACAUCUUUGGGAAAGUGAACGACUUCAUCAAGACCGUGUUUGCCUUUUGCAGCAUGUUGUGCCUGCUCAACUCCACCGUGAACCCUGUGAUCUACGCCAUGAGGAGCAAAGACCUGCGCAGGGCCUUCCUCAACAUCUGCCACAUGUGCCGGAGAGCGUCUCAGACUCUGGACAACAGUGCUGAGAGCGACUGGAACAGCAGGAGUGUGAGAAGCACAGCAGGUGGGGCAGGGAAAGAUAGAGCCUGCUCUGGAAAGGCUCGAGUAAAAGUAGCCCAAGUUACCGUUUCUGGAGGGACUGAGACGUCUUCUGCAGAGCCGGUCUAAAAGAGGAGCGUCCCUGCUCUGGUACAACUGUGAAGAAAAAAUAUUGUAGAAUAGCUCCAACCCUACUUCUCUACUAUGUUACUGUGAAAUGUGCCAAAUAAUGAUUUUAAAAACAGGACUGAAAUACAAGUUUGUGUUGCUAAAAGCUGAAAUCUCUAAAAAUAGAUUGAUAUGAAAAUUUCCAAACAAACACUCCACUGUGCUGCGUUCAUUUUGAAUGAAUUGGCAUAAAGUUACAGAUUUCAGCUUUGAAUUUAAAUAAACGUGUUUAAUUUUGUUAUUUCUUUUUCUGACUUUAUAUCAUAGCAAUAUUGUGGCAGUAACGCAAGGUGAAACGUUGUCUAUCAUGCAAAAUGUUGUUUGAAUAAAAGCACAAUGCUUGUAAAUAUAGAAUUUGCUUACCCUUAUUGAUUUGAAUGAAAUCUGAAUGAUUUUAUAUGACCAUGAUUUUGUGAAACUUGCCACUUAGGCUAUUUGUUAUUCUAUUUUAUUUAUUGCAUAAUUAAGUACUUUAAAAAGAUUGUUGAAGGCUUACUUUAAAACAUGAACUGUGUUUUGAUCUCACCAAAACUUUAUUCUGUAGUGAUUUGGGAAAUAUCACAUAGCUGCAUAUUACACAUGUGCUUAUGAAAUAGUUGCAGCAUUUUGUGAGAAGCUAUGCUUCUGUGUUUCUGUAAAGCAUCCAUUGUGCCAGUUUGUCCCAUAACUGUGUAUAAGCAAGGACACGAGUCAAUAAAUGUAUGAAGGCUGUCUAUUUUUUCCCAAUAUUUUCGUCAGUAGGCCUAUACCUGGUGUCUUUUUUUUCAAUAAAACAAUGAAA